GCAAUCAAUCAACCACUUUCUAGUCCUUCUGUUUCCGUAGUUUUUCCGGCGUCAAAAAAAUUUUUAAAUUUGAAAUUAACUAUAAGUCAGAGACUUUUCCAGUAGAUUAUUUUGCUCAUAAUUUAACUCUAAAAACUUUAUUAAUGCCUUUAAUAUUUAUUUAUUAAGUACAAUAUCAGUGAUGACUAAAACAAUAUUUUGUAAGCUGCUUCAACGUAAAACCUAUGAUAUCCUUUCGAAAAAAUACACAAGUCUGUUUCUUUUUUUAGGCUUUAUCACACUUUUUGUGGCCGCUCUUCAUCUUGGUGAGACUCUUGUAGAAUGGAGUAAGGAAAAAUAUGCUGUUGUUUUUAGCCCCUAUAGUGAUAAUAUUCUUGGGAAAAGCUAUCGUACUAUGUUAUGCCAAUAUGUGCCUAUAGACGUUGUAUAUACAUGGGUAAAUGGAUCUGAUCCUAAAUUUCUUAAAGAAUUACAACAAGCAAAAGAAGAGUAUGGAUUUUCUGGAUACAAUAUAAAUUGCUCUUUUUCCAACUGCGUGAAAUCACAGAUGUUGCUUGUAAGACCGGAGUUGCCAUUUUUUAUAACUGAGAGUGAUUUGGAAGAAAUCAGUCCAGCAUUUCAAAAUAUGGAAAAAACAUUUGUAGUAUCUUCUCAAUCCAGAAACAAAGAAAAUAUCACUGUGCUAGUUUUCUCUGAGCUUUCUUUUGCUGAGGAAGCUUUAGCAUUGAGGACCAUUCAAAUCGAUGGUAAAAACUACAGUUUGAGUUCUGGUUACCUGACUGACAACUGGGCUUCUCAGCAUACUGUUUUACUGGACAAUAUGUUCAUGAUAUCUGCAAUUUCUUCUGUCCUUUCAAAGGAGAAUACACUCGAUAAAUUGCCUCUAGAUAUCAGGCCAUCUAUUUCAAAAGUAAACAUUUAUGAAGAAAAAAACCUCGCUAUUUUUAUUUCGUCUGACAAAGAGGUCGUUAACUCUGCGUUGAAGUUGAGUAACAUUACCCUAGAAAAUAAAGUUUCUGUUAUAUCACCUGUUUAUCUAGUUGUACAACUGCCUUCAGAUCAUGAAGAUAUAUCUGCUAGUCGUUUUACUGAUAAUGAAGAGCUCAGAUACUCAUUGCGCUCUCUCGAAAAACACGCCCCUUGGGUUCGGCACAUCUACAUUGUAACAAAUGGACAGAUUCCGUAUUGGUUGAAUUUGGAUAAUCCAAGAAUCUCGAUUAUCACUCAUCAUGAUAUCUUCCCAAAUGGAAGUCAUCUCCCUACUUUCAGUUCUCCUGCUAUUGAGUGUCACCUUCACAGGAUACCCAAUCUUUCUGAUAAAUUUUUGUAUUUAAAUGAUGACGUUCUUUUUGGAAAAAAUGUGUGGCCUGAAGAUUUUUAUACCCAUACUAAAGGACAGAAGGUUUAUUUAUCUUGGCCAGUGCCAAAUUGUGCAGAAGGCUGCCCAUCUUCCUGGAUUCGAGACGGGUACUGCGAUAAGCCCUGCAAUAAUUCCCACUGUCAGUGGGAUGGAGGGGACUGCACAGCUGAUAAUCCAAUGUUGCCCUUCCAAAAUGUCCAUCAUGAUGUCGGAAUCACUAGCUUUUUUCACAACAUCAAAGCAUAUUCCAACAAAGCAUACUGCAACAGUGAAUGUGCAGACACUUGGCUGGCUGACAGAUAUUGUGAUAAAUUCAAAUAUUUAAUAGGUGAAUGUGUGGGUUUCUUCAACCUGACUGAUUUUCUUGCUUCGAAUCACACUUUGACGGAGGGUUCCUACGAAGAGAAUCCAGCCAUACGUACAAUCGCCAUUUCCAUCAAAUAUUCCAUCAUUGGAAUCGUGUUACAUCCCAACCACAACAAGACUGACGUGGUCGUGAAUCUAAAGGGAGAGUCUUUUGAGAAAACCUUUCACUUGAUUGUUGAUACUCAGCCUUCUAAAAAGAAUGUGUCAAGUAUUGGGUCAACAACUGCACUUCAGACUGAAGAGAGUUUUACUUUUGAGGAAUUUUCUGACAGGGGACCAAAAUUGCUUACUUCACAUGCUGCAAAUGUGUCCCACCUUGGAUAUGAAAAUGUGAAUUUGUCUGCAUCUCACCUUCCCAGAGAGUUGAUUACAUCAUGGCACAAACUGAAGGAACUUUUAGAUGAAGAUAUCAUCACAUACAAAGCUUUUUUGAGGAAAAAAAGCGAAUUAAUCAAUGACUAUGUUGUCAGUUUAAAUUCAUCUGCUCGAAACUCGCUGAAAUUUGUGACUGAAAUGGCUGUUACUAAAGGGCCUCUUGUUACUAAAAGACUGCAGAACACUACUGUAAGCUUGCCUGUCAAGGAUUCGAAAGAAGUGCCUUCAGAGAAAGCAGAGCUAUCAAAAAUAAUUCUUCCACGAAUGCUGAAAGGAAUGACGACUGCUCCUUCUCUCGUUGAUUAUUUCAAAAAACUUCAAAAUGUUUCUCCCAGAGAAAAUGUGUCCCGUGUAUUGAGACCUCCACCCACAGCCACACAGAGGCAUUUGCUGGACACCUUUGGGGACUCACUGAGGCACGUGAACAAGUUGUACAAUGAGGUGUUUGGUUAUGAGGCAAGGAAAGUCCCUUCACACAUUGCUCAUUUCGUUGAUAAAAAUGUCAUGUCCCGUUUAACCAAUGAUUUUACUUCAAGGUUUGAUUCCGCUUUCGACGUCACCUCUUCACACAAGAUCCGAAGCUCCAACGACAUGCAGUUUGCCUUCUCUUAUUAUUAUUACCUGAUGAGUGAAAUGGAGUCUGUCGAAGUGUCCGAUAUAUUUCGUUCUUUUGACAUUGACAAGAGUGGGUCGUGGUCUGAUCGAGAAAUUCGUACAGUUCUUGCACGCCUUUAUGACUUACCCUUGGAUUUUUCCUCUGUUGCUGUAUUUGAACAAAUGAUUGUCAACUGCUCUUUAACAACAGAAAAGGAGUCUAAAUUGCCUGUUGUCAGUGAAACUCUUGUGAAGUCCUGUCAACCCAUCUCUCAUCUGCUGCUUCAGCGUUUCGGCAGUCGCAAGAGGAAUGCCUACGAGGUGGUGGGGGAGGAGGAAGUGGCCUUUAAAAUGAUUCACAACAACCUCACUCAAGUUCUUGGCCAAAUAGACGACCUGAGGAAAAAUCCCAAGAAAUUUGUCUGUUUAAAUGACAACAUGAAUCAUGGCACACAAGAAGCUGAAUUGAUCCGAGCAGUGAUUGAGGAUUUUUAUGAAGCUUUGUUUCCAUCGAGAUCUCAGUUUGAAUUGAAUCCUGAGUACCGCAACAGAUUUCUGUAUGUGGCUGACCUGGAGGAGUGGAGGAGGACGCGUGACAUCAUACGCGCUGUCACUUACAUUACGCUGGCCAUCCUCAUCAUCUUCUCCAUCACAUCCUUCUGGAAGGCUGAAAUGAGAGCACCGGAGCGUUAUCCCAGACUGAGGAAUUUACAAAACAGACAUUCCAAUCCUCAUUUUGUAUGAUAAGAAAGAAUAAUUUGUGAAGAAAUAUUUAUGUAACCGAGCUUAAACGUGUGGAUAUUGGAAGACAGUUGUUUCCGUAUUCUUGGGAGUAAGAAUUCAUUUUAAAAAAUUAUGUUUACACAAUGAUGCAAAUUUCUAGUGAAUGCUUGAAAUGAGUGCUGUCCUUCUUGCAGUCUGUAAAUGUACUUCUAUUUGACUAUUUUCACGUUGCACAACACUUUGUUGACAAAUACAUAAAAUACCCCUAGCAAAUAAUUUUUUUUAUCUUCACUUUGACAUAUCGAGCAAAAUAAGGAAACUUUAUACAGGCCAGUAGUUGUAUUUUUAAUAGUGACUACUUAUCAAAACACGUGGUCACUUUUUAAAAAAUUGAUAAUUUUAAAUAAUCAGAAAAAAAACCUGGUUUUAAUGCUUCUUUUUAAGCCUUUCUCAAAAUACGGUAUGUGUUAAAAGUAUACAAUAAUAAUAAUAAUAAUAAGAUUCACAUGCAUUUUUAACAAAAAAGUGGUGAUUGGGUAGCAUUUGGCAGAAUUUGGUUGGUAAUUUUUUGGCAGCUGUUUGUCCUCCUGUGGUGAUCAGUAAUUUUGCCCUAUAGUAGACUAACUUUUUAUUAUUCUUUUGACAUUUUUAAAUCGCAUUUUACUCCUUUUGUUGACAAGUACCUUGUUAGACACUUUUCAAGUUUCUCCUUUAAAAAAAAAUGUGUUACUCCUCCUUGGUGCAGCUCUUACUCUUCUUUUUUUUCUUUUUAAAUCUUUUAAUAAGAGCCAUGAAUUUAUGAAAAGAUCCUCAUAAAAGUAUGGCUCCCCUGUGGCACAAUUUUUUCAGGCUUUCUGCAACAUACCUCUCUAGUAUUAAUAUCUUUCUGCAAGAUACUUAAAAAUGACAAAUGUACAUGUUACUAAUUAAAAGUAACAGAAGCGUUAACUUGAGGUAAAUAAAUAAAAAAAAUGGGAUCAAGUAAAAUAAUUUGUUUUAUUUGAAUAUGUAAUAUUUUUAUUCUAAUAUUAUGGGCAAUAUUCUCACAUUUUCUAGGAAGAUAACAAACUAAUUAUUUCCUUUUCGAAUUUUGUAAUCCAUCAUCCCAUUAAAAAAAAAAAAAGAAUCGUGAAAUCCAUAGCAGUAACUACCAAAAAAAGAAAUUAACUGUGAAAUCAUGCGAAUCGGACUCUCCAAAAUGGGUUACUACAUGCGUAGUUUCAUUUCGAGAUUCAUUUAUUGUAAUAAAUAAUAUUGUAUUAAAAAUAUCGGAUUUUUAAAAGCUUGUGAAUUAGCAGUAAUAAGUGCAUAAAAAAGUAGAACGAAAAUUUCUACAGUAAAGAAAACUAAAUUUUUUACUUCAUUAUACUUUAUUUUUUAUUAUUCUCAAAUGAUAAUAGAAAAAUCUUAAGCUUUUUUCCACUCCGAUGCGCGAGAAAGGCAUCUUUUAAAUAUAAUUCUGCAGAAAAGAUAAAAUCUUUUCUUCGAAAUUUCUGCAGAAAAGAAAAGCUAAAUUUUUUUCAUCCCAGAAGAAAAAUCUUUCCGCAAGAACUCGGUAACGUUGUGCGAUGAUGUCGCCACGAUUCUGCCACAGGGAAUAUAUGAAUGUUAUGAAGUAUAGCAGAGUCAAGAUUACGUUGUUACAGUUGAACAAUAAAAAUUAUGAUUCAUCAGAAUUUUUGUAAUAAUCUGUAAAAAAUAAGUGUUUUUCCUCCUAACUACCACGAAGUUUUGUUGUUUGCUGAGAAUAUUCGGAUAAAAAAGUAACACUGAAUUGUUACUUUUUUAUAUUUAAUCAGUAAAUUCAUGCUCAAUAUUAAUCACUUACCUAUAUAGAAAUAGGUAGCAAAAUUGAGCUAAUUAUAUUAUUGAACUUCUGAUUAAUGGUAGCUUGUCUUGAAGGUUAGCACCUGUUUAUGACCAACACAUUUUUUUUUCCAUCAAAACAGUCAAUUUAUGAUUCAUAAUUUUUGUGUUGUGAUAAAUUGAAAUUUUUCCUUUUAUAAGUUACAUAACGCUAGUCAUUAUUAUUAUUAUUAUUUAUAAUAAAAUGAAAGAUUCAGCUUGAAAUUUUUACUAUUUAUUCAGUUAACUAAAGUGUAUUCCUAUAUUUAUAUUGUUUAUAUAUAUUUUUGAAGAAUAGUUUGCUAGGUAAAUAACUGUUGAUAAAUAAUCCUUGUGUCUUCCACUUAUGUUAUUGAUAUUGUAUCAUAAAAUUUUGUGCAUUUAUUGUACCCUUGAAAUUGUGAAAGGAGAAGUGGUCAGUUAGAUUGAAACAUUAUUGUUUGCCUGGUCUUCAUUGAGCAAAAAUAUAAGGCGACCAAAAAAAAAACAGAUUUACUUUAUAAUUUGAAAGCUCAUUAAAAUGUCACAACCAAACUUUAAAAUAAAUAUUCGAACAUCAAAAACCCGGUGGCCCGGUAUAAAAAUUCCAUUCCUUCCAUAAAGAAUUUUGUAGGGCUAUAAAUGUCUUAUAAGGUUUUUGUGCAAAGUCUUGUCUCACAACUGAAAUGGAGAGGAAAUUCCUUGAACUCAAGUCUGGUGAAUAAAAUGGCCAUUAUUGUGGUGUCCAAAUGCCACCAUUCCUGACUCUAAGUGUGCUGCAGCAGCCAACAUUGAAACACAUGUUUGAAUGUGUAUUUUUUUAUCAAUGCUUAACAAAAAAUAUCUGAAAUUCUGGUGGUACAUAAAAAUAAUUGGUCUUAAAUUUUAUCCAAAUUAUGUCAUGUAUUUAAUGAGUGUGAUAUGAGGCCAACAUGUUGGAAAGAUUGCAUUAGAGCGAUAAUAUUUCUCAAGACUGAUGCAUUUAAAUGAAUUGAAUUUCUUUAUUUAUUUGUUGGUUUUCUUCCUAUAAUGAUAUUGUGUUUCUAGUCAUAUCUCGUUUUGUAUUUACAUUUCAUGAUUAAAUUUCAUAACAUUCA